AUGCCUGACACUGGAGACUCAGAGCAGUAUCUACGGGAAUACCGGAGACUAGUAAGUGAGGGAUCCUCCUUUCAAUUGGCUGACAAUGAGGGGCAGAAGGAAACCCAGGAAAAAUAUAGGAAACAAGAGCAACUGAAGACGAAAAUGAAAAAUUCUUCCAAGAAAAGUCUAACCACUCUCAAAACUCUAUCGAGAGGAAAUAUGACGGAGUCGUUGGAAUGGAAUCGUCAUGAAGAUACACUCUUAGGGGACGAUCAGGGAUAUCACAGUGACUAUAAGGAAUUCUCAUCCGUGGUGGACUUGCCUUUGGAAAAUACAGAGUUCAAAGGGAAAAGUAACAAAGGAAUCCAUAUAUCUUCCAUUUUCCUCCCUCUAAGCCGAAAAAAGGACCCAAGAAAUACUUCAACCAAUCGAUCCGUUCUCUUCCUGACUGGUAGGCACGGUACGGGAAAAACGUACUGGCUUCUCAAUAGGGCCAAAAAGCUGGCAAAGAAAGGGGAACCAGUCGUUAUUGUCAAUAUGUCAAGUGGAAAGCUGACUAAUGAUGUCAAGGCCAAUGUAUCCAAGGACAAUAUCAAAGUCAUGGAUUCCUUGGAGUUUCUAGGGGACUCUCAACACGUAAUAAGCCAUUUCUUUGAGAAAGUCAAUGUCCUAGGAGACUGUCACGUACUGGUGGAUGAAAUGCCGCUGAAUUUCGGGAUGAACAGUGAGGAUACGGAGGAGAUCGGACGUAUGUGGAGGAAUUUGACAGAUAAUAAAAAAUGUAGGAGUCUGUGGAUUGCCUGGCGUCCCAGCGAUACCUCCUACCCGGAAAAUCUCGAAUUACAGAAAGUCAUUGAUAUCGUGGGGAAAGAGAAGGUGAAGACGUUCGCCAGUUUUAAAAGGAGCACCAAAGAAUUAGAUAACUUUUGUGAAGAAGUUACCCGGUUCAUUCAGAAGAGGUUUCCAUGCAUGUCCUUUCUGCCAAUGUAUAUGGACCCAAUGCAUGUGCUUGAACCCAUGGAAAACACAGCUGAGUCGAGGACCUUGGACCUCUGCAAGUCAAACUGCCCGGUCAUUAUUGCAUCUCCCCAAGAAUACAAGUGGGCAUGUCUCUGGGCACCUACUGCUGCAGUGGAGAUCAGUCUAUCCAUGAUAGAUUCCCCACCCUUCGCCAUCAUCGCCAGGACAGACUGGGAAAGAGAUGCUCUGGUACGAGAGCUCAGAGGUCGCUAUAGAGAAGGAGUGACCUUUCUGGACUCAGAAGGAAGACUUCGAGGAGCCUCAAAACCACGUUUUCUGGUGUUUUAUCAAGACCAAGUGACCGGCUUGGCAUUCGAAAAUCUCAUUCUUUUGAAAGAUGGAAAUCUUUUUUAUAAGUCUUGGUCAAAAAUGGUCGCCAUGGCCAGACAAUCUCUGCAUGUUAUCACAACUGACCCUUUACCCACUGAUGAUAGGGAAGAACCCAGCCAACUCAAACUAUUUUCCUCCUACUUGCUAAGAAAGCCAGCACAGCCGUUUGAAGAUCUGUUGCAUAGUGAUCCACUGGACGAGUCUGCCUAUAUUGAAGCUCCAUGGAGCAGUGGAGCCCAUCUACCAGAUUUUCCUCCUUCAACUGACACCAUGGAUGUGGUAAGAGAGAUCGAAAUCCUCUUCGGCAUUAAAGAAAGGCUGAAGCUGGCAGGACUUGGCGGCGUCGUUGAGGCUCUAGACGUGCACGACCUCUUGGGGCAACAUGGUCUUAGGAACUAUCAAUCGCUUUCCCCCGGCGUCAUGCAAAAGCUUUUGGUGAAGAUGCUGGAGAAGGUAGAGGAUGAGGGACGAAAACUCCACGUUGCCUUCGACGAUGCACCCAUUCAUCCAUGUGGAAGGCCUGGUGACACAGAAAUAUUGAGGAGAGAAUGGGAAUCAAUUCUUGAAUCCUUUUCUCAAUGCCGCAACUCGCUUGCAUCACUCAGUAUCGCUUUCCAACCAUACUACGAAUAUCACACAACUACCUUUGACGUGAAACAGUUCGUCGAGGGAAUCCAACUACCCCGAGGAGUCGGCGUGCGUAAUCUGGUAAGGGGAUAUCGGGAUUCCGGUUUCCCCCACCUACUUCGUCACAUCCUGUACCAUGAAUCUCCCGUGGAAUUGAGGGUGAAUCCAGGGUUGCUGAGUACGAGGCUCCAGUCCACCUCAGUCGUAUUCGGAAGGAAACCUACCCUCAUCACUCCUCCUCUCGAGGCACAUUAUCAUGGGGAAUUCACGUGCCUCUGUGGCCCGAGUCAAGGAUGCGUCGCAGUCACUGCUGCUACUUACCUUCAUUCGCAUAUGCUAGUACGUGUCUUCAUGCCUUAA